UCGUGUCAUUGUAACUAAGCCAAGGUUAUUAUCUUUGACCCAUAACCUGCUGUAUACACAUCUGUCUUGAGUGAGCUGAUCAUAACCAGAAUGUGCAGUGAAGUGUUGUCUGAAUGGUUCUAAUCUGUCCUGAAUGUGUCCUCAGGUCGGAUUACAGAACACCACAUUUGGAAGAACGCAAUAAUGCAAUCUGUCCCCAGGAUGGAUUAGUGACCACCACUUCAGCUAACUGCAUCUGAUUUGCUGAAUUGUAAAUUCCAAAUAUCUCUACAUUGGCUGGUGGUCUUGAGAAUCUUAAGUUUCCCUGACGACCUUCAUGGAGGUCACUCACAUCAACUCCUCUGUGCUCUACAUCUCUCACAGACCCGACAACUCCACUGUGGGACAGAUGACAGAGUAUGAGCAAUGCAAAGACAUGCCUGCUCUCCUCAUUUGGUACCUGUGCCUUCAGGUUAUCAACAUGUUCCUGGGCAUACCUGCCAACCUCACCGUGCUGUGGCUCAUCCACAAGAACAAAGGCGAAUCCUCCAGCUCAGAUAUCUUCAUCUUUCAACUGGCGAUAUUAGAUGUGCUCUUCUGCCUCAUCCUUCCUCUUGAACUGGCCAUCAAAGCCUUCCACACCACGAGCAUCACCUGGUACAUCCUGCGCUUCUUCUACGGCCUGAAAGACUCCUCACCGCUGUUUCUUUCCUGCAUCUGCUUGGACCGGUACGUAGCUGUGGUCCACCCCAUCUUCUUCACUGAGCUCAAUGGCCGGCAUCACAGAACAGUCCUGGCCAUAGUGGUCUGGAUUAUCAUUUUGGCCUAUGCUGCUGCUAAAUGUGUAGGCAACAUUCCCAACUUUGACAAGGUCUUCACGGCGAUGAUACUUGGAGCAUUUGCUUUCAUGGUCUUCUGCAACAUUGCCAUUCUGUGGGCGCUGCGGCAGUCUGGGCCCGGCAGAGAUGAGAUGCACCCUGUGAAGAAGAGAGCCUUCAAAAUGGUCCUCAUCAUCCUGGCCAUCAUCGUGUUCAACUACUUUCCACCUGUGGCGCUGUUCCCCUUCCAGGAAUAUUACUCUCCUGACGUGUUUCGAUGCUAUAUUCACUACGUGGCCUUCGGCUUGAUGGAUUUCAGUAGCACCGUUCAACCGAUGCUCUACCUCUCCAAGGAAAAGAUGCCACAGAGCCUCAACUGCUGUCACAGCUGCACCACUCAUGCAAAAUAGACCAACAUGAAUGCACUAACAUACUGCAUGUAAUCAUGAGGUUAAAUACAAGAAUCACUGAUUUAAAUUGUCUGAAUUGUCAUAUUUCCAAAUUAAGUAUCACCACUUUGAAAAUGAAGUAAUGAAGCACAAUUUUAGCUCAACACCCUAUUUGAAUUAAGCAUUACCACAGUUCACUUAAAGGUCCAAUGCGUGAGAAUUAGUGACAUCUAAUGGUGAGAUGCCUCCACACAACAAUAGUGGACUAAACAAGAAAUAUGUCAUUCUUCAUUAUUUGCUUCAAAAUAUGGAAUGCACGCUCUGUGUGGUUUGCCCACAAGACAGCAGCCUCUGUGAAGCAAGGCCAUUGCCUACAAUACACAUUAUAGACUUCUUCUAAUGCUAUGUUCACACCAAAUGUGAAUCUUCGCACCAUUAGUAUCUAUCGCACCGUGGGAUCACUUUGGUGCAUUUGUGUCAAUCAACCAUGACGAAUGGUUGCACUCUAUCUCUGGACACACCUGCAGAGAUAAAACCACCAUCGUGUGGGGUUUCACAACACCAUCCAGAGUUGGACACAACUCAGCCGUUUACUUCAGGGCGAGCAGGCGCUCAACAGCUGGGACUGAAGUCGUCAAAUGAUCUGCUCGUCAAGCGAAAGCAUCGCUGGAAGCAGUUCUCAUCCAUGCAGAGCUCCUGAAGUCAGCGGUGAAACUCGCCGAGUCGCGUCCGUCUCUGGAUGGUGUGGGGGUGGAGUGGCUCAGUGGUUAAGACCCUACCUUGUGUACCAAAGACAUCAUGGUCGCAAGUUCGAUUCCACCCCUGGCUAAUUGUACUUGAUUCCAUUGUAAGUCGCUUUGGAUAAAAGCGUCUGCUAAAUGACAUGUAAUGUAAUGUAAUGUGUUGUGAAACCGCACACAAUGGCGGUUUCUUCUCUGCAGAUGUUCCCACAAGAGAUAGAGUACAUAUAACAACUUGUGUCCUAGAGCUCCGAGUGCAGUUACACACUUGUGUGCAAAGUAUAUUUGUCUUUGCCAAUAAAUCUUCCUAACUGAAACUGGAGGAAGUUAGAACCUCAACUCCUUCAUCUCCUCUGCUUUUAUCUAAAACUUUGAAUUUGAACUCAUGUGGCGUGUUUCACUCUUUACACAAUUUAUGCAUAAUUAUACAUAUGAUGGUGGUUAACUCGGCAACAGGACCACUAAUAUUUAGUUACUUCUCCACCACUCAUGAACAAAAACAUGGACACUUUUUGAACCCAAGCCAUUUUCACUUUUCACACAAAUGACACAUGAACUGUACGUCAUGUUAUUUCUGCGUCCAGCUUUGGCUGUAUGCCGUUUGUUUUUUCAGCUUCUACGUGUGUAGUGAGACACUUCAUCUCCAAUAUAGUACAUAUGAGUCCCCCUAUUAUGUUUUCCUGUAUGUAGCCUUCAACUGCUGUCAACCUGAAUAAAUAUCAAUAAAGAUUCAACUUUGACUUG